AUGCCUGUUAGGAGAGGUCACGUUGCUCCACAAAACACUUUUCUGGGCAUCAUCAUCCGGAAAUUCGAGGGACAGAAUCGCAAAUUCAUCAUAGCCAAUGCCAGGGUGGAAAACUGCGCUAUCAUCUACUGUAACGAUGGCUUUUGCGAGAUGACCGGCUUCUCCAGACCGGACAUCAUGCAAAAACCCUGCACCUGCGACUUCCUCCACGGAGAACUUACGGAUAAAGAGGCCAUCAACCAGGUCAACCAAGCCGUGGCCGGGUCGGAGGAGAGGAAAGUGGAAAUCACCUACUACAGGAAAGAUGGCUCAGAUUUCCAGUGCACCACUCACAUCAUGCCGGUGAAGAAUGAGGAGGGCAUAGUCAUGAUGUUCAUUCUGAAUUUCGAAUAUGUGGUGGACGAAGGAAGUGACAACUCCACAGAGAGGCUAAGCCCCACGUCGCCCACCAAGUCCGACCAGAGGAGGAGCCGAUUCUUUCGAUUCCGCCAGGCGGCUCUGAGCCUGAUGAACACCAAUAAGCAGUCUCUACCACAGGAGGACCCGGACGCUGUGAUGGUGGUGGACUCUCCCAAAGACACGGACGACUGCCUGGCCCUCCAGAGCUUCCCCUCCCCCACCAAGAGCAUCUGCAGCCCCAUGGAGGCCAACGACACCCACGCCCUCAUCAGCUCCAGCCACCACUCCUCACAGGCCAGUAUAGGGGGUCCUGAGCCAGUGGACCAUUCCUCGCCUAAACUCCUGUGGGACAAACUGUACCAGGCCGAGCCGCACCAGUCGUCCACGUCUCUGUCCAACACAUUUCCCAGAGGAAGCAUCAGCAGCAUGAGGAGAGCCUCGUCUGUGCACGAGAUCGAAGGAUACAGCUGUAACUCCAAGAACGCAGUGCUCAGAGACAGACACACCAGUGAAGGGCCUUUCAAUCACGUCAAGUCAAGUCUGCUUGGUUCCACUUCGGAUUCUAACAUCAACAAGUACAGCACCAUCAACAAAAUACCCCUGAUCGCACUCAACUUCACCGAGACGACGGAGAAGAAGACGCAUUCUCCGCCCACGUCCGAGAAGCCCAUCAUCGCCCCCAAAGUCAAGGAGAGGACGCACAAUGUGACAGAGAAAGUGACACAGGUCUUAUCACUGGGCGCCGACGUCUUACCUGAAUACAAACUUCAAACCCCUCGCAUUGAUAAGUUCACCAUCCUCCACUACAGCCCUUUCAAAGCCGUGUGGGACUGGCUCAUCCUGCUCCUGGUCAUAUACACGGCCAUCUUCACCCCGUACUCCGCAGCCUUCCUCCUCAACGACCAAGAGGACCAGAAGAGACGGGAGUGCGGCUACUCCUGUAACCCUCUCAACGUGGUGGACCUCAUAGUGGAUAUUAUGUUCAUCAUCGACAUUCUCAUCAACUUCAGGACCACCUACGUGAAUCAGAACGAGGAAGUGGUCAGUCACCCGGCCAGAAUAGCCAUCCACUACUUCAAAGGCUGGUUCCUUAUUGACAUGGUGGCGGCCAUUCCCUUCGACCUGCUGAUCUUUGGCUCGGGAUCAGAUGAGACGACGACUCUGAUUGGCCUGCUGAAGACGGCGCGCCUGCUGCGAUUGGUGCGCGUGGCCAGGAAGCUGGACCGCUACUCCGAGUACGGGGCGGCCGUGCUUAUGCUGCUCAUGUGCAUCUUCGCUCUCAUCGCGCACUGGCUGGCCUGCAUCUGGUACGCCAUCGGCAACGUGGAGAAGCCCUACCUGGAGCACAAGAUCGGCUGGCUGGACAAUCUGGGCGUGUCCAUAGGCAAGAGGUACAACUACAGCGACCCCAGCUCCGGACCCUCCAUCAAGGACAAGUACGUCACGGCGCUGUACUUCACCUUCAGUAGUCUGACCAGUGUGGGCUUUGGAAAUGUGUCCCCCAACACCAACUCGGAGAAGAUCUUUUCCAUCUGCGUCAUGCUCAUCGGCUCGCUCAUGUACGCCAGCAUAUUUGGAAACGUGUCAGCCAUCAUCCAGCGCCUCUACUCGGGCACGGCUCGGUACCACGCCCAGAUGCUCCGGGUCAAAGAGUUCAUCCGGUUUCACCAGAUCCCAAACCCCCUGAGACAGAGGCUGGAGGAGUACUUCCAACACUCCUGGACCUACACCAACGGCAUCGACAUGAACACGGAGGUGUUGAAAGGAUUCCCAGAGUGUCUACAGGCCGAUAUCUGCCUCCACCUCAACAAAAGCCUGCUCCAGAACACCAAGGCCUUCCAGGGAGCUUCCCAAGGCUGUCUCCGAGCUCUGGCCAUGAGGUUCCAGACCACGCAUGCGCCGCCUGGAGACACCCUGGUGCACAGCGGGGACGUACUCACCGCGCUCUACUUCCUGUCUCGCGGUUCUAUCGAGAUUCUCAAAGAUGACAUCGUGGUGGCCAUUUUAGGUAAAAACGACAUCUUUGGGGAGAUGAUCCACCUGUAUGCGAAACCCGGUAAAGCAAACGCAGACGUGAGAGCUUUGAGCUACUGUGACCUGAGCACCAUCCAGAGGGAGGACCUGCUGGAGGUGCUAGACAUGUACCCGGAGUUUGCUGAUUACUUCUUCAACAACUUAGAGCUGACUUUUAACCUAAGAGACGAUCCCGUACAGGCCUCCGGUUCACAGGAUUGCGAGUCCGAUUUCGACGCCCCGAAGACCAUUAAGCGGAGAAUCUCAUUUACCCCGGAUCUCCCAAAACCAGAAAACAAGGAGGCGGUGAGGGAGCAGGGGUCUAACUCAUGCUUGAAGAGGUACUCAGAUGUGCUGGCUAUACCGUCCCCAGAUACCCCUGCCCUCGAGGUGCCUCUGAUGGGGCAGUUGCCGGUCAGCACCUCCUCCUACCAAGGUAUAUUUUUUGUAUUUAUUUUCAAAAGUGAUGACGUUGUUUUGGCCCACAUGUGGACGGCGCGUGUUUGCUUUGGCUCUUCCCUAGAUACGUGCAGUGAUAAAUGGAGCUGUAAGAAGCCCACAGACUACCUGCAUGAGUCAGCACAGUUCUCGGAGCUGAGAGGAGAGGACGAGAGCUCGGCCAGUGAAAUCACCUACGGGGAGGUGGAGCAGCGCCUGGGACAGCUGCAAGAGCAUCUCAAUCGCUUGGAGACUCAGCUGAUGACGGACAUCCAGACCAUCCUCCAGCUGCUCCAGAGACAGCCCACCCCAGGACCCCCCGCCUACAGCACGGUCACCGCCAGCCCCGAGUACCACAAACCAGCCACCAAGCUCCAGCCUGCCCCCCUGUCCACCAGCCACUUGUUCAGCCAUACGGGGGCACAGGGCCCGUCUCACAAAGUGGAACCAUCAGAAGAACCCAAAGACUCGAGUUUGGCCACAGCGUCAGAGGACAGCCUUACCGCGCUGCUGGGACAGGACUUUACCGAACAACCGGAAUCACAGCAGCUGCACCCUAUGCCCCACACGCGCCCCGCCUUCAUCCUCCCCUCCUCCUCCUCCUCAUCAGCGCCCCACACCGACGCCCCCCCGCACCCCCACGGACCAGACUCGGACAGCCCUGGCCCAUAG